CCGCGCCGGGUUUUGCGCGCCGCCAUGCACAGCCAGCUGCUGCAGAGCAGGGGACCGGUGCGCCGUUUCUCCUCGCCUUGUUUGCCUCCAGUCCGGCUGUAGCUCCGACUGUCUGCGCGGCGUGUGGAUGAGGCGCGGAGGGAACGACCCCCGAGCGCUCACAGAAGCGCCUGGAGAAGCCACGCUUUCCCAUUUAGAUCGCAGUCCGCCUGCGUGCGAAGCCGCCCGAGGACUUUUCGGACUGAUCUGAGACGCUUCGGAGUUAGAUUUUGAAGCCAGACUGGGGCGCAUCUCGUCUCCUUGAAGUGAUCCCUUUUUCAUGCAGUCUGUCCGUAGCGCUCCUGUCGGAAGGAGUCUGUGAGGAGGAAGAGGAGGUGGUGGAGGAGGAAUCGGAUAGAAGGGGAGUGGGGGGGGGGGAAGCAAUCAUUACUUUUGAACAGACCCUUCGACAUGGAGCUAUUCGUCCGGUCCCGUGCGCACCGGCUGGAAGAAGAGCGCUUAUCUGCCUCGGAGAUCCCCAUCUUCUGUCCAGUGUGAAGAAGGUCAGGAAUGCAGCAGAGCCCCAGCCAUCUUUGUGUAGUUUAUGAGGGCUUCUUUUAGAAUAAAACCGAGAACGGAGAGGCGGCGGCGGGACUCCUGGUGUCGGUGGACUGAAUCGGAUCUCCACUCCACGCCAGGGAUUCUUAUUUUGGCACCGCGCUACAAAAAGAUGCUCAGCAAUACUUCUCCGAGACGUACCGAUCGCUGAAGGUUUACCGGCUCUCCGUCCUCUGACUGCGACACUUUGAAACGCUGUUAUCAGCCCAUCAGUCAUCYGGAUCGUUUGCUAACUGCGACACGAUGGCCUCUGCACUGUGGAGGUGUCCAGUGCUGCGCUGCCUCCUGCUCCUUUUUCUGUGCUUUCACUGCACACAAGGCUUCAGCCGUGCGGCCUUGCCUUUUGGGUUGGUCAGGAGAGAGCUCUCGUGUGAAGGAUACGCGAUUGAUCUYCGUUGCCCUGGGAGUGAUGUCAUCAUGAUCGAGACGGCCAACUAUGGCCGCACUGACGACAAGAUCUGCGAUGCUGACCCGUUCCAGAUGGAGAAUGUCAACUGUUACCUCCCCGAUGCCUACAAGAUUAUAUCGCAAAGGUGCAACAACCGUACGCAGUGUGUGGUUGUCACUGGCUCUGAUGUCUUUCCCGAUCCAUGCCCUGGCACCUACAAGUACUUAGAGGUCCAGUAUGAGUGUGUUCCCUAUAAAGUGGAGCAAAAAGUUUUCAUUUGUCCGGGGACUCUGAAGGGCAUAGGAGCUGCAACCUUCCUGUUCGAGGCCGAACAGCAAGCGGGCUCGUGGUGCAAAGACCCGCUCCAGGCUGGAGACAAGGUCUUCUUCAUGCCCUGGACGCCCUACCGCACGGACACACUCAUUGAGUAUGCCUCCCUGGAGGAUUUCAAAAACGGUCGCCAGACGACCACUUACAAACUGCCUCACCGUGUGGACGGAACCGGCUUCGUCGCCUACGACGGUGCAAUUUUCUUCAACAAGGAGCGCACUCGUAACAUUGUCAAGUUUGAUCUCCGCACGCGCAUCAAAAGUGGAGAGGCCAUUGUGAACAAUGCCAACUACCAUGACACCUCACCUUACCGCUGGGGUGGCAAGACAGACAUUGACCUUGCGGUCGAUGAGAGGGGCCUGUGGGUGAUCUACGCCACUGAGCAGAACAAUGGACGUAUCGUGGUGAGCCAGCUCAACCCGUACACCCUACGCUUCGAGAACACCUGGGACACGGCGUACGACAAGCGCUCGGCCUCCAACGCCUUCAUGGUGUGCGGCGUGCUGCACGUUGUGCGCUCCACCUACGAGGAGAACGAGAGUGAGGCGAGCCGCAGCCAGAUCGAUUACAUCUACAACACCAAGCUGAACCAGGGCGAGUACACGGACAUCCUCUUCCCCAACGAGUACCAGUACAUCACCGCCGUGGAUUACAACCCCCGGGACAACCAGCUGUACGUGUGGAAUAACUUCUACGUCCUGCGCUACGACCUAGACUUUGGGCCGCCGGAUCCUGCAGAAGUCCCAACCACAGAGGAUCCCUCCGUUUCGUCAUCCGUCCCCAGAACCACCCCGAUGUUCACCACCACCACCGUGCCCACCCUGAGGGGGCAGGGCGACACCACUGGAGCGGGAGCCGAUCCCAGAGAGGGGAGAAUACUUUACGAGGACAGCCAUGGGUCCGUCACGUCCGAGCCCACUGUGCCCGAGUUGCCCCCGACGCCCCGGCGUUUCUGCGAGGCCACCAGGAGGCGAGCCAUCGACUGGCCCCAGACGCACACCGGCACCACUGUGGAGAGACCGUGCCCCAAAGGAACCAGAGGCACAGCUACUUUUCUCUGCACCGUGAUGGGGACUUGGUGCUCCAAGGGGCCGGACCUCAGCAACUGCACCUCCCACUGGGUGACUCAGGUGGCACAAAAGAUCCGAAGCGGCGAAAGUGCGGCUAAUUUAGCCAAUGAGCUGGCCAGGCACACGCAGGGCCCCGUGUUUGCAGGGGACGUCAGCUCCUCCGUGCGGCUGAUGGAGCAGCUCGUGGACAUCCUGGACGCGCAGCUGCAGGAGCUCCGGCCCAACGAGAAGGACUCCGCCGGACGCAGCUUCAACAAGCUUCAAAAAAGAGAGAAGACAUGCCGAGCGUACAUGAAGGCGAUUGUGGACACCGUCGACAACCUCCUGAGGCCGGAAGCACUGAAAUCCUGGAAGGACAUGAAUUCCACGGAACAGACGCACGCCGCCACCAUGCUCCUAGACACCCUGGAGGAGGGCGCAUUCGUGCUGGCGGAAAACCUCAUAGAGCCGGCGAUCGUGAAAGUACCCGCAGAGAAUAUCGUGUUGGAUGUGUAUGUAAUAAGCACAGACGGCCACGUGCAAGACUUCAGGUUUCCACAGACGAGCAAGGGUGGAGCAACUCUUCAGCUAUCCUCCAACACRGUGAAAGUCAACAGCAAAAAUGGUGUGGCCAAGCUGGUGUUUGUGCUCUACAAGCACCUGGGCCAGUUCCUCAGCACAGAGAACGCCACACUGAGGGGAAUGGGGGAUCUGAACAAACACAACCUCUCCCUCACUGUCAACUCCCACAUCCUGUCAGCUUCCAUCACAAAGGAGUCCAGCCGUGUGUUCGUGGCCGACCCGGUGGUCUUCACUCUGGAGCACCUGGAUAAGGAGCAUUAUUACAACCCUAACUGCUCCUUCUGGAAUUACUCGGAGCGAAGCAUGAUGGGAUACUGGUCCACUCAGGGCUGCAAGCUGCUGGAAACCAAUAAGAGUCACACCACUUGCUCCUGCAGUCACUUGACCAACUUCGCUAUCCUCAUGGCUCAUCGGGGAAAUGUGAGAGACGGGGGCAUGCACGAGGUCCUCCUCACCGUCAUCACCAGGAUGGGUAUCGCCGUGUCUCUGGUGUGCCUGGCCAUCAGCCUCUUCACGUUCUGCUUCUUCAGAGGCCUGCAAAGCGACCGCAACACUAUCCACAAAAACCUCUGUCUCAACCUCUUCAUUGGAGAGCUUCUCUUUCUUGUGGGCAUCCACAUGACGGAGCCAAAGCUGGUGUGCUCCAUCAUUGCCGGAGUCCUCCACUUUUGUUUUCUGGCURCGUUCACCUGGAUGUGCUUGGAGGGCGUGCAGCUGUACCUCAUGCUGGUCGAGGUCUUUGAGAGCGAGUUCUCACGCAGAAAGUAUUAUUACCUCUCUGGCUACCUCGUCCCUGCGGUCGUCGUUGGCAUCUCUGCAGCCAUCGACUACAGGAGCUACGGAACGCAGCGGGCAUGCUGGUUGAGAGUGGAUAACCAUUUCAUAUGGAGCUUCAUUGUACCAGUGGCCUUCAUAAUAGUGGUCAAUGUCAUCUUCCUGGUGGUGACGAUGUACAAGAUGGUGAAGCAUUCCACCUCCAUGAAACCCGACUCAAGCAGGCUGGGGGGUAUCAGGGUCCGGAAGGAGUACAGCAAAUGUUUCCAUCAGUCCCAGUGCUGUGGCGCUCUGCCUUCUGAGAGUUCCCACAGCUCGGCCAAGGCAGCCACGUCUCGAUCCACAGCCCGCUACUCCUCUGCUACACAGAGCCGCAUCAGGCGGAUGUGGAACGACACUGUGAGAAAGCAGUCGGAGUCCUCCUUCAUCUCAGGCGACAUAAACAGCACCUCCACGCUCAACCAGGGGAUGACUGGCAACUACCUCCUAACUAACCCCCUCCUCCGAACCCACGACACUAACCCCUAUAACAACCUCCUGGCUGAAACGGUGGUGUGCAACACCCCCUCUCCUCCGGCCUUUCACUCCCCAGGACAGCACUCCCUCAGCAACAGCAGGGACAUCAGCGCCAUGGACACCCUCCCCCUCAACGGCAAUUUCAACAACAGCUACUCCCUGCGCGACGAUGACUACGAAGCCGUGGGUGUUCGAGCCCCUGGUGACCUGGGGGGCCUCAACCUGGAUGACGCCGCAUUUGAGAAAAUGAUCAUAUCCGAGAUUGUCCACAACAACCUCAGGCCCCGCGGGGCCCCUAAAGCUCGCAGCACCCCAAGAGAGAGGGACCGUGCGCCGCCUCCCCACACCAGGGUGACUGUGGACCAAGGAGGGGGUGGGAGCGGGAGCGAGGAUGAUGCCAUCGUGGCAGACCACACGGAGGCCUCAUCCCCGCAGAGAGGUGGUGGAAGAGGAGGCCACACCACCCUGGAGCUGCUCCUGCACCCYCACCACAAGGAGGUGCUGGAGGCCCCCCUCCUUCCCCAAAGGACUCACUCUCUACUCUACAGCGCCCAGAAGGCUCCCAGGCGCCUGGAGGGCCACAGCGGCCAUGGCUCCGAGACUGUUACCGCAGUGGAGGACAUGGGCUCCCAGUCACCCAGCAACAAUAGAGACUCUCUGUAUACCAGCAUGCCAAAUCUGAGAGACUCUCCGUCGCCRUCAGCUUCGCCGUACCCGCCGGAGGAGGGGGAGGAAGAGGAGGAGCUCUCUCCCUCACCUCACAGCGAAGGCGAGGAUGCGUAUCACAAGAGCAUGCCCGAGCUCGGCGACGCUCCGCAGCCGCUGUCCUACUACCACAUAAACCGAGGCACCAGCGAUGGGUGCAUCAUCUCGCCCAGCACUGAGGACUGUGAGCAGGACGGAGACGCCCCGAGCGAUGGACAAAUGCAACUGAUCACCAGCCUCUGAGAGGGAAUGCAGGGUUUGGGCAUCUCUGUCGCACAGGUUUGAACAGCUGGGUGCUUUCUGGUGAUGUCAAGAGAGCCUAGUGGGCCUGGCUCCGCACAUGCCCUUCCUGUUCRGACAGGAAGUGAAAAGUCCCCGGAUUGGGAAUAGGAAUGAAAGACUUUAAUUUUUUUUUUUGCACAGAGAUCUCAUUUACACACAAGACACACCCAACUGAGGCCAGACAAAUGUGGUGCUGCGGCUGCUCUGCUGCUGGACUAAUGAGGUGCAGAGGAUAACACAGAGGCCGCAGUUUCAAAGAUAAGUCUGGUGUUUCUGUCGUACUGAGAGAAAAAUCGAAGAGUAAGGGAUUAAAUAAAAAAAUUUUAAACCUCCAAGCAAAGAACCAUGAAGCUCUUGGCAUAUUCCUGGGGGACUUUGCAGAACCAGGGUGCUUUUUAAGUCGAGAAGUGCAGAACAAGAACUAGUGAGGCUCCACUUACACCGUCAGGACUGUAAAGUUAAGAAACCACUAAUUCAGACUCAGGCCUUAUAUUUUUCUCUAUUGCACAAUUAACUGUUGUACAUGUAACAGCUGAAAAAAUAUAUAUAUUUUGCUGUACCACUAGUGUAAAAAGUAAAAACAAAAAGACAAAGUGAAAAAAAAGAUAAAGAAAAAAGAAAYGGCAAGAAUUCCGUAGUUAUGCCCUUUCAAUGUUAAAAUUCUUCAGACAAGGUUAAUCAAACUGUUGGAAAUGUGCUUUUUUUCCCUCUCACACUUGACUUGUUGUAGAAUGUUUGAAUAUUAAAAAAAAGGAAAAAAAAAAAAAGAAGUUUUGAGACAUCAGUUCAUAUGAAACCAUGUUCACAUCUCUGCUUGUGAAGUGUUUUUUGCUUUUUACGAAUGAUGAGUUUUUCGCCAGUAGUAUAUUUGUUGACACCGGGCCACGCAAAGACUUAACGUUAGAACGAACGAAUUGGAUCCCCGUGUAAUUUAUUUGACUUGAAAGAAACUUUCAGUUUUGACUCCUUUCCUUCCAUGCCUUUGCAGAUUUUGCAGGUUUUCUUUUUUAUUCUUUUGCAAAAAUGUUUCAUCCUUUGACACUAAUUAAUUUAUUAAGUAAUUAAAAAAAGAAAAAGAUCAUGGUUGGGGAAGUGUGAAAAGACAUUGCCGCACUGAUUAGGUUAAUUUUAUUUCUUUUGUAAGAGCCCAUCAUCAACUGGUAUUUAAUUCAACUCCUGUUUGAUAUUAAAUAAAUGUGAAACUUUUUCUCGUU